UCUGUGUUUACACGUCAUAAAAUAAGGUUAAUUCCUCCGGUGUGUGUUUUCACAAUUUUCACCGAUUAUUCCGCAUUUUCCCAGCACCAAAUUGUUAAAAUAUAAUUCUAGAGUGUCCUAAUUUGUAUAAAAUGAAUCAAGGUGAUGUAAAUGUUGGGCAUUUGAAGGUGAAAGACGAAGUUGCAGUUCGGUGUCGUUCCUUGUUUUUGGAUUUCCUCGAGGAAUUCAAAGAAGAUGGGGAGGCAAAAUAUGUAAAAUUGGCCGAGGAACUUCUGUCUCCGGACAAAUCCCUCCUGGAAGUGAGCUUCGACGAUCUCGAGAAAUUCAACCAAAAUCUCGCACAGACAGUCAUUGAGGAGUACUACAGGAUCUAUCCGAGUCUCUGUGAUGCCGUCACCACCUUUGCCAGGGAUCACUUUGACGUGAAGAAGGAUAAAGAUUGCUAUGUAUCUUUUGUGGAAGUCCCAACACGUCACAAAGUCCGGGAGUUGACUACUUCCAAAAUUGGUACACUUAUCCGCAUAUCUGGGCAGGUUGUGCGCACCCAUCCGGUUCAUCCGGAACUCGUGGCUGGGACUUUUGUGUGUUUGGAUUGCCAAACGGAAGUUGCGAAUGUGGAGCAGCAGUUCAAGUUCACCAAUCCAACAAUUUGUCGCAAUCCUGUGUGCUCCAAUCGCCGAAAAUUCCUUCUUGACGUAGAAAAGUCCACUUUUAUUGACUUCCAGAAGGUGCGGAUUCAGGAGACGCAGGCUGAAUUGCCACGAGGAUGUAUUCCACGAUCAGUGGAAGUAAUCCUGCGGGCGGAUAUUGUUGAGACAGUCCAAGCUGGGGAUCGAUAUGAUUUCACAGGUACACUAAUUGUUGUUCCGGACGUGGGUGUCCUCCAAUUUCCCGGAGCUAAGGCAGAAUUGAGUUCCCGCCAUCGGCAAGGAGGUGAAAAUCGCCCUGAAGGUGUACGCGGAUUGAAGGCUCUGGGUGUGAGAGAUUUGACCUACAGAAUGGCUUUCCUGGCGUGCAGUGUUCAAGCUACAAGUGUACGCUUUGGUGGUACAGAUUUGCCAAUGAGUGAGGUCACAGCUGAAGAUAUGAAGCGCCAAAUGACUGAUGCGGAAUGGAAUAAGGUCUAUGAGAUGUCCAAGGAUAGAAAUCUCUACGCAAAUCUCACUUCCAGUCUCUUCCCUUCGGUCUAUGGAAAUGAUGAGGUGAAACGAGGAAUCCUCCUGAUGCUCUUUGGGGGUAUUGCAAAGACAACUCAUGAGAAAACCAGUCUCCGAGGAGAUGUAAAUGUCUGCAUUGUGGGUGAUCCUAGUACCGCUAAAUCCCAAUUCCUCAAGCAAGUUGCUGACUUCUCCCCAAGGGCGGUGUACACGUCUGGGAAAGCUUCAUCAGCAGCUGGUCUCACGGCUGCUGUUGUUAAGGAUGAAGAGAGUUUUGAUUUUGUCAUUGAAGCUGGCGCACUAAUGUUGGCGGACAAUGGAAUUUGCUGCAUAGACGAAUUCGAUAAAAUGGAUCCACGAGAUCAAGUUGCCAUCCACGAGGCCAUGGAACAGCAAACAAUUUCCCUAGCAAAAGCAGGCGUCCGAGCUACUCUGAAUGCCCGUACAUCAAUCCUAGCUGCUGCAAAUCCCAUCAAUGGACGCUACGAUCGCUCCAAGUCUCUCCAACAAAACAUCCAGCUAAGUGCUCCGAUUAUGUCUCGCUUCGAUCUCUUUUUCAUCCUUGUCGAUGAAUGUAACGAAGUUGUGGAUUACGCGAUUGCCCGGAAGAUUGUUGAUCUCCAUUCAAAUGUCGAAAGUCCAACGGAGCAGAUCUACACACGAGAUGAGAUGCUGCGCUACAUAACAUUUGCAAGGCAAUUCAAGCCUGUUAUUGGUGAGGAAGCGGCCAAGCUACUUGUGGACAACUACAGUCACCUACGUCAGAGGGAUACAGGAACCGUGGGGAAGAGCACGUGGAGGAUCACAGUGCGUCAGCUCGAGAGUAUGAUUCGACUGAGCGAAGCCAUGGCGAAGAUGGAGUGUGCCAAUGAAGUGGAUGCAAGACACGUGCGAGAGGCUUACAGGCUUCUCAACAAAUCCAUUAUUCGUGUAGAACAACCGGAGAUUCUUCUGGAUGAUGAAGAUGAUCAAGCUUUGAUGGAUGUGGACAUUGAGGAUCCCAAUAAUGCUCAGCAGGCCCCACGAAAUGGACAUGAGGGUGAACCGAGUGGCGAACAGAGUGGUCAGGAACCUCCUGAGACAUCUGCAAUUCAGAAGAAAAAGUUGACCCUAUCCUUUGAGGACUAUAAGAAUCUCUCCAAUAUGCUGAUUAUCCACAUGAGAAAUGAGGAAGCUCGCCUUGAAGGAGAAGGAAGCGAUUCAGAAGGAAUUCGUCGUUCUCACAUUGUAAACUGGUACCUGGAGCAAAUCAGUGAUCAAAUUGAGACGGAAGAUGAGUUGAUUGAGAGGCAAUCACUUGUUGAGAAAGUUCUGGAUAGGCUUGCUUAUCAUGAUCAAGUAAUCAUCCCACUACGAUCAACAGGACUGAGAAGAAGAGCAGAAACCUCCCAGGCUCCUCCAAGUCAGGAGGAAGAUACCGAAGAUCCCCUCUUGGUUGUCCAUCCCAACUACAUCAUAGAAUAAGAUUAAGUUUUCAAUCACAUUUUUGUACUCAAUUAUCUUUCUGAUUAACUAUUUUUUUGCCAUUA